AUGGCGAUGUCUAUGAAAUUCGCCGGCCGCGCGCCCUCCGUGCUUCGCCAUGGCCGCCGUCUGCCUUCCGCCCUUCCUCGCAGGCAAUUCGUCGCUGCCACUGCUCGGGGCCCUUCUCAGCUCCUCGCCACCUCGAACAGCAGCUUGCCUGCUUUCCAGAAGCAGCAGCGGAGCUUCACUGUUUCGGCUCGUGCCCUGAACGCCUCUGUCUCGCAGGAAGCCCCCAACCCCAAGGCCUACCUGGAGAGCGGUGUCAUCAAGCCCAAGGACAUUGUCGAUGUCAAGAAGGUCUUGGUCAUUGGCAGUGGCGGUCUGGCCAUCGGCCAGGCUGGAGAGUUUGACUACUCAGGAUCCCAAGCCUUGAAGGCUCUCAAGGAGGCCGGCGUUUCUUCCGUCCUUAUCAACCCGAACAUCGCGACUAUCCAGACCAACCACUCGCUUGCCGAUGAAGUCUAUUACCUCCCAGUCACCCCGGAGUACGUCACGUACGUUAUCGAGAGAGAACGUCCUGACGGCAUCUUCCUAUCUUUUGGUGGCCAGACUGCCCUGAACCUGGGUGUUCAGAUGCAGCGUAUGGGUCUGUUCGAGCGGUACGGCGUCAAGGUUCUCGGUACCAGCGUCCACACCCUCGAGCUCUCUGAGGACAGAGACAUGUUCGCCAAGGCCCUGAACGAGAUUGAUAUCCCCAUCGCAAAGUCAAUCGCCGUCGAGACGGUCGAAGAUGCUCUGGAUGCUGCCGAGAAAGUCGGAUACCCCAUCAUCGUUCGUGCCGCUUUCGCUCUUGGUGGUCUCGGCUCCGGUUUCGCCAACAACGAGGAGGAGCUCCGCAACAUGGCCGCUCGGUCCCUGACCCUGUCCCCUCAGAUCCUCGUUGAGAAGUCGCUCAAGGGCUGGAAGGAGGUUGAGUAUGAGGUUGUUCGUGACGCCAACAACAACUGCAUCACGGUUUGCAACAUGGAAAACUUCGACCCUCUUGGCACCCACACUGGUGACUCGAUCGUCGUGGCUCCCAGUCAGACUCUGAGCGAUGAGGAGUACCACAUGCUUCGCUCUGCCGCCAUCAAGAUCGUGCGCCACCUCGGAGUUGUUGGCGAGUGUAACGUCCAGUACGCCCUGCAGCCUGAUGGACUCGACUACCGUGUCAUCGAGGUCAAUGCCCGUCUUUCGCGAUCCUCGGCGCUCGCUUCCAAGGCGACUGGCUACCCCUUGGCCUACACUGCCGCCAAGAUCGGUCUUGGCCACAGCCUGCCCGAGCUCCCCAACGCCGUCACCAAGACUACCACAGCCAACUUCGAGCCUUCUCUGGACUACAUCGUCACCAAGAUUCCUCGAUGGGAUCUGUCCAAGUUCCAGCACGUCAAGCGUGACAUUGGCAGUGCCAUGAAGUCUGUCGGAGAGGUCAUGGCUAUCGGCCGUACCUUUGAGGAGUCCUUCCAGAAGGCCAUCCGUCAGGUCGACCCUCGCUUUGUCGGUUUCCAGGGCGACAAGUUCGACGACCUCGACCACGAGCUUGCCAACCCCACCGACCGCCGCUGGCUCGCCGUUGGUCAGGCCAUGCUUCACGAGGGCUACACUGUCGAGCGGAUCCACGCACUGAGCAAGAUCGACAAAUGGUUCCUCUACAAGCUCCAGAACCUUGUCGACUGCACUCGCGAGAUGGAGGCUGUCGGCAGUAUCGAGGGGCUCAAGCGCGACCUCCUCCUUAAGGCUAAAAAGUACGGUUUCUCUGACAAGCAGAUCGCUACUGCCGUCAAGAGCAACGAGGACGCCGUACGUGCUCUUCGUCUGAGCUUCAACAUCCGCCCGUGGGUCAAGAAGAUUGACACACUCGCCGCCGAAUUCCCUGCCGAUACCAACUACUUGUACACCACUUACAACGCCAGCUCCCACGACGUCACUUUCGAAGACAAGGGCACUGUCAUUCUUGGCAGCGGUGUCUACCGCAUUGGCAGCUCCGUCGAGUUCGAUUGGUGUGCCGUCAGCGCUACAGAAGCUCUCCGCGAAAUGGGACAGAAGACUGUCAUGAUCAACUACAACCCCGAGACCAGAUCUACCGAUUACGAUGUCGUUGACAGACUCUACUUCGAGGAGCUGAGCUACGAGAGAGUGCUCGACAUCUACGAGCUUGAGCAAUCCACCGGUGUUGUCGUUUCUGUUGGCGGCCAACUGCCGCAGAACAUUGCACUUCGCCUGCAGGAGACUGGCAAGGCCAACGUUCUUGGCACCGACCCCAAGGAUAUUGACAAGGCGGAGGAUCGCCAGAAGUUCUCUGAGAUCUUGGACAGCAUCGGCGUCGAUCAGCCUGCCUGGAAAGAGCUUACCUCGGUUGCUGAGGCCGAGAAGUUCGCCGAGACUGUCGGCUACCCCGUUCUCGUUCGCCCCAGUUACGUUCUUUCCGGUGCUGCCAUGACUGUCAUUCGCAGCAAGGAGGACCUAAAGGACAAGCUUGAGGCUGCCAGCAACGUCUCGCCCGACCACCCUGUCGUCAUCACGAAGUUCAUUGAGGGUGCUGACGAGAUUGAUGUCGAUGGUGUCGCCUCUGAAGGCAAACUCAUCAUCCACGCUGUCAGUGAGCACGUCGAGCAGGCUGGUGUCCACUCUGGUGAUGCUACUCUCGUUCUCCCCCCUGCCAACCUUGAUGACAACACCAUGGCCCGCCUCAAGGAGAUUGCCCAGAAGGUUGCCAAGGCCUGGAAGAUCACUGGUCCCUUCAACAUGCAGAUCAUCAAGGCCGACAACCCAGAGGGUGGCGAGCCCCUGCUCAAGGUCAUCGAGUGCAACCUCCGUGCUUCCCGCUCUUUCCCCUUCGUGAGCAAGGUCCUCGGCACCAACUUCAUUGACGUCGCUACCAAGGCUCUGGUUGGCAAGGACGUUCCCGAGCCCACGGAUCUCAUGGCUGUCAAGCGCGACUACGUUGCGACCAAGGUUCCUCAAUUCUCGUGGACCCGUCUUGCUGGUGCCGACCCCUUCCUCGGCGUCGAAAUGUCUAGCACGGGUGAAAUGGCUUGCUUCGGCAAGGACCUGGUUGAGGCCUACUGGACUUCUCUCCAGUCCGCCAUGAACUUCCGUGUACCCGAGCCCGGUGAGGGUAUCCUCCUUGGCGGUGAGACUACCAAGCCCUGGCUCACCCAGGUCGUCGACUACUUGUCGCCUCUGGGCUACAAGUUCUACGCUGCUGGUAACGACGUCAAGCAGUUUGUUGAGUCUACCAGCAAGGACAAGGUCGCCGUUGAGGUCAUCGAGUUCCCCAAGGAGGACAAGCGUGCUCUCCGUGAAGUAUUCAAGAAGUACGACAUCCGCGGAGUCUUCAACCUCGCUCUUGCUCGUGGCAAGACUACUCUGGAUGUUGACUAUGUCAUGCGCCGGAACGCUGUCGACUUUGGCGUGCCGCUCUUCAUGGAGCCUCAGCUUCCCUGCCAGACUGCCCGCCUUUUUGCUCAGUGCAUGUCUGAGAAGCUGCCCCGCAAGGACGGCAUCCCGCCUGAGGUCCGUCGGUGGUCUGAGUUCAUCGGUGGUAAGCCUUUGUAA